AUGUCCCGACCGCACAGCAACUACGGCUCUGUGCCUCCGCCGAACGACACACAACUAAACCGCGGCUACGGCUCCCACGCGACCGACUUUGCGCAAGGCAACCCAAGCGACUCCUCGCCCCUCUCGCAGUCGAUGCACAACCCCGGCGCCUUCCACGAAGGCCUCGGUGCGGAGCCGCGCGGCGGCAGCUCAGUGCCCGACGAUGGCUCUGCGACUGGCGGAAUGGAUCGAACGACUUCGACGGCGACUACGGCUGUACCGCCUGCGACACCGUCACGGAGCGGUACGCUGAAGAAGAAGAGCAGCAUGCGCCGCGCGAGUAGCCUGAAGCGCAGCAGCAGCAAAAGGAGCUUGAAGGCUGGCAGUCUGGCUGGUUUUGGGGGUGUGGACAGCGAUAGGGAGUUCAACAGCUUUUCGUCGACGCCCGUGCCGACGCAGGGCACGCCGACGGAGAUCUUGGCGAAUCGCUUCCAGGCGUGGCGACAGCUGUUGAAGUCGCUUAUUACCUAUUUCAGGGAGAUUCAGGCGUCGUAUGAGCAGCGCGCAAAGGCUACGCACAAGGUGCAGAAUGUGAUUGCGAGCAUUUCGCAUCCUUCGCUGUUCAUGCAGCAGAAUGGGCUGAGCGAAGCCACGAAAGUGCUCGACGAGUACCACAAGCGAUCCGUCUCUGAAGCGAACAAGUCCCGCGAGAUUGAGAAUGAUGUGAUCGGUGCGCUGACUGGCUUAAGGAGUGAUCUGGGCCAGAAGAUCAAGGAGAUCAAGAGCUUGAGCGGCGACUUCAAGAACUCUGUCGAGAAGGAGCAGGAUGGCACAAGACGUGAGGUGGAGAAGUUGCAAGAAGCGUUGCGCAACGCCGAUCAGGAUGAUGGCUCUGCUAUGGGCAAGAAUGAUCCGUUUGUGGUGAAGCUAGGCGUGGAUAGGGCUGUGGAGAGGCAGGUUGAUGAAGAGAACUACCUGCAUCGGGCCUACCUAAACCUCGAGAGCUCUGGACGUGAGCUUGAAUCCAUCGUGGUUGGUGAGAUCCAGAAGGCGUACAACGCGCUGGCCGGCAUCUUGAAGCGCGAGGGUGACGAUGCAUACCACGCUGUCGAGUCGUUGCGCAGCGGCCCGAUCUCAAUGCCAAAGGACGCCGAAUGGAUCAGCUUUGUUCAGAGCGACCCGCACUUCGUGGACCCGAGCAUUCCGCUGCGGCGUGUGCAAGACAUUGACUACCCCGGCAAACACCAUACAGCAGCAGCCGAAGUACGGUCAGGCAUGCUGGAGCGCAAGUCGAAGUACCUGAAAUCCUACACGCCUGGCUGGUAUGUCCUGUCCCCGACUCACCUACACGAGUUCAAAUCUGCCGACAAGAUUUACACGCAACCGCCAGUCAUGUCACUGUAUCUCCCCGACCAGAAGCUCGGCUCGCACUCCCAGCAGGACUCUUCUAGCCACAAGUUCAUGCUAAAGGGCAAGCAAAGCGGCAGCAUGCACAAGGGCCACAACUGGGUAUUCCGCGCCGAAACCUACGACACCAUGAUGGCCUGGUUCGAAGACAUGCACGUCCUGACUGAGAAGACGGGCGAAGAACGCAACGCAUUCGUGCGCAAACACGCCCGCAGCUUCUCCGGCGCCAGCGACCGCGGGACCGUUAGCAGCGACGGCCUUGAAGAAGACGAAGCAGAUGAAGUGCCCUACUCCGCGGACGUGGCAAGUUUGCAAGGCGGCAACGAGAUCCACCAGCCCCAACCUCAGCGUCCGGCUCCAGGCGGCCGGUUCCCUUCGGAUAUGCAAGUCCCGCGCGACCGGGCGGUAUCGACGGGCCAGUCGAGCGGAAGUUCGGACGAUCGUGAUGCGGUGGCUUUGGCGGGAAAUGUGCCGGGGUCGCAGCAGAAUGAUUACCGGGAACAGGAUCCUUACCGCUUGGAUGGUGUGAGUGCGGGAACGAACAUUGGACACAUGGAUGGGACGGGGUAUUUUGGACGACCGGCGGAACUGCCACCGCAGCAAGCGCAGCCGAUCGAGCCGCAGCAGCAGCAGGAGUCUUUUUUAGGUCGUGAGCCGGUGGAGGCAGCUGCUCCGCCGGCGAGGCAGAACAGCUCAUAUUACGGCGAUUGGAUGGGCCCGGCUGCUGCGGGUGUGGGCGGCGUUGGUGCUGCGAGCGCCGCUGCUGUCGCGUACAACAGGCAUGAGGACGAAGAGGAGGCGGCGAGGCCUGCGCAAGAGACGCCAGAUGUGCCGGACAAGUCUGAGCUGCGGAGCACUGAGCCACUCGCGGGCAACGUGGUGUCUUUCAACGACAACCAAGCGCCUGUUGAGCGUGCUGUGGAGCCCCCGGUGGUCAUGCCGCAGAACCUGGCUGCGCCGACACCGAUGCCUUCGGCUCCCACUACCACCCCCGGCGCCGGGCUGGGUGGGCUUGAGGCUGAUGGUGCGCACGAGACUGGUACGAUCUUCCCAAAGGUCGUCCGCCACGACACCGAGAUGUCCGUCAGCCAGCUCCACGUCCCAGGCGAGUACCCUAAGCGGGAGUGA